AGAAGGGGCGGGGCACCCGGCACCCCCCCCAAACAGAGUUGAGUGGGUAGCCGGGGCCAUGGGAGAGGAGGGGGGCUCUGUCACCCUGCUCUGCCUCACAGCCAGCAGCGGGGUCCCCCUGUUCUGCCGCAGCAUGGGGGCUCCCUCCAAGCACCAGCUGCCGUUUCCGGUGAUCGGCUCCCUGAAUGGGGUGCACAUGUUCGGGGCGAACCUGGACGUUCUGCUGACGGCAGCCUGCACCACGAACACCCAUGUGGUGUGGAGGGUUUUCCACAACAGCAUCACCCUGAUCGUCCUGUCAUCGGAGGAAGGAGCCAGUGACUUCGCCCUGGGGCGCCUGCUGGACAAUGCCUUCAGCGCUAUGGUGCUGAUCCUGGGCUUGGAGGAGCUGGUGAAUGUCCGCAACAUUGAACGCCUCAAAAAGGACCUGAGGGCCUGCUACAAGCUGAUCGACAGCUUCCUGGCACCCCUGGAGCGGAGCGGGGACCUGACGCAGUGUGUGGAGUGUGUCCCUGUGCCCCACGGCGCCGCCUUGCAGGAGUGCCUGGAAGCCUUCGCGGGUGCGGCCGAGAGUCGCUUUGGCUGCCUGCUGGCUGGGGGCCAGCUUGCGCUGGCCACAGAGCUCUGGUGGCAGCUGGCCCCCCAGGAGCUGCUGCUGCUGAGCUGGCUGGUGGCCUCACUGCCCCCCCACACGGCGCGGGAUUACCCCAUCUACCUGCCCCACGGCAGCCCCACGGUCCCCCACCGGCUUCUCACCUGCCAGCUGCUGCCCGGCCUGGAGGCCUGCCUGAUCUGCGGGCCCAGCCCUGCCCUGCACACCGUGGAAAACGAGCUGGUGCCACGGUUCUGGAAGCCCCUGCUGGAGCCACUGCAGGCAUGUGUGAGCCCCCAGCCCCACGGCCUGCCCCAUGGCACCACGCUGCCCCCUGGAGUCCUGGCGCCUGUCCCCCAGGUGCCGCGCCCGCGCCCUGCGCCACUUCUACGCCCUGGUCGCCACCCGCUACUUCCCCUGGGAGGGCAGCCCAGCCCCCCCACAGGAGCCUUUCCAGGCCGGCUUCCCACACCGCGCCCGCCACUGCUACGUGGUGAGCGCCACACACAAGGCCUACGCCAUCCAUGCCCCCCAGCACCAGCUGUUCCUGCUCCUGGCGCCUCACGUGCCCACCUUCGCCCUGCGCCCCCUGGCCGCCCGCACCCUGCAGCGCCUCACCGGGGACACUGCCUGCUGAGACGCUGGCCCGGACGAAGGAGGGUUUCUUCAGGCUGUUCUGUAGGAUUAUCAUGCGUGCAAAAGACUGGGUCCGACCAAUGGCCCAUCCAGCUCUGUGUCCAGCCAACAGCGGCCAGGUGCCCCAGAGGGCAUGAACAGAACAAGGGUGGAUCACUCGACAAUCGCGUCACCCAUCCCCGGCGCCUGACAAACACAGGCUAGGGCCACCAUCCCUGAGCAGCCUGGCUAGUAGCCAUCCAUGGGCCUAUCCUCCAGGGACUUAUCUAGUUCUUUUCUGAACCCUGUUCUAGUCUUAGCCUCACAACGUCCUCUG